UCACAAACAACCUUGGAACCUUGAAACCCUGUGGAACGCAGGCGUCAGCGAGCCAGCAUCUCCACCAAGUGUCACGCACCACCCAUGCAUAUGUGAUAAGCCCAGCAGUGCUUUCACUCUCCGAACAUGCCUCGUCAACGGCUCUCCAUGGCGAACGCCUUCGCGUCGCCGGUCAAGGCCAUGUCUUUCCCCCUCAAUGAUGAUGCGCAGGAGAAGGCCACACGGUUGCAGAAUCGACAAGCCUCUCAUGUACGCAAGAUGGAUGAGCUCAAAGCCGCUGUGUCCACGCCGAAGCGGAAGCGCAAAUCGCUCGGACACGGUCUGGAUCCCUCCGCCCCGAACCAGGACGACGACGACCUGUAUGCGACCACACGAGGCGACCACGUCACACCCAUGAAGCGGGUACCUAUACUCGCAAACUUCGAAGAAUGGAUGAAGAUGGCGACGGACAACAAAAUCAACGCUGCCAACAGCUGGAAUUUCGCCCUCAUCGACUAUUUCCACGACUUGAGCCUGUUGAAAGAGGGAGACGGCGUGAAUUUCCAAAAGGCCAGCUGCACGCUAGAUGGGUGCGUGAAGAUCUACACUAGUCGCGUGGAUAGUGUGGCGACGGAAACAGGCAAGCUUCUGAGCGGUCUGGCCGAGAAUGUCGCGAAAAAGCGCAAAGGUGCGGCUGAUGGAGAGGAUGAGGAUGGUGAGGAGGGUGACGAGGAAGAGGUCGGAGAGGAUGGCGUAGUGAAAAAGAAAGGCCGCAAGAAGACUCAGCGAUCGGCAGAAUCGACGCUUGUCAACUCCUUCGACCAAUUGAGACUGAAGAAGAUGGAGCUGGAGUUUUCUGUAGAUCCAUUGUUCAAAAAGGCCUCGGCAGAUUUCGAUGAAGGCGGCGCCAAGGGGCUUCUGCUCAAUCAUUUGUCGAUUGACAACACUGGACGCAUCGUGUUCGACAGCAGCGAUGACGUAGAGGACGAACAGAACGGCGAGAUGAGACGGGACAGCAUGGAGCCAGAAGAGCCACCAGCCAGCAAAGACGUGCUUCCGGCAGAGAUCGACGACAGACCAGUUGACAUUGCUGGGUUACAGGCCCGUUUUUUCCAGGAUCUCAGUGUACUCGACGAGCAAGACAUCUGCCCUUCAUUAAAGACAUUCGAAUUAGGCAACGGCGAUGGAUCUCUCGACUUGCCAUUUCUCAAGGCUCCCGAGAAUUGGCGUGAUGAUAAUCAGGAUUCCAACAAAUCUGGGGCUGAUAUGGAUCAAAGCGGUAUUAACCUGAACGAUGAUCCAGCUGCAUUUGGCAUUGACGACAAUGACGACGAUGUGGCAGGUCUGGGCGGGUUCGACAUGCCGGCAGACAUUGGCUUUGGUGAGGGUGGUGAGGCAUGGGCGCGAGAUGCCGCCCUCAUCCCACAAAUGCGGGUCUACGACACUGGCGCACAAGCUGAUGGUAAUCAAGAGGAAGGCAUGGGCGAGGUUGGCGCAUUCGACACCAACGCACCUGCAUACGGCGUGACCCUUCAGCAUCGACCCGAGAGCGACCAAGACAAUAUCCUGAACUACUUCGAUUCGGCGCUUGCAAAGAAUUGGGCAGGACCGGAGCACUGGAAAAUCGCACGAGUCAAAGAAGCCAACCGCGCAUCAGCCGCGCCAGCACGAACGAAAAAGGAGAAAGAACCGUUCGAGAUUGACUUCACAGCGCCCAUGACAGGAGAGCUUGCCAGUCUUUUAUAUACUCGAGCGAAGGACAACACGGCUAUCUCCAUGCCAAAGAAAGAGCGCAGAAGCGCUACAAGACAUCUUCUACCCGACGAUAAACAUUUCAACAGCAAGGACCUCCUCAAGCUCUUUUUGAAACCUAAAGCGAGGCUUGGUGCGCGGUUCAGUCAACAGCAAUCCUCGCAGGUGCCCGUCCUUAAAGCACAUGAAGAUGUAGACGAAGCAUACUGGGCAAAGCACGGAGCUGAGCAUGAUGGUCAAAAUCAAGACGCUAAGGGCGACUACGAUGCCGACUUCUUCCAGGACGACGGAUUGCCCAUGCUCGGAGCGUUGGAAGAUGACGACGAUAUGGAAUUCGCCGAUGCCAGAGAGACAUUCCUUCCUGCCAACGCUGGUGAGAUUGAUGCUGCAGCCGUUGCCGCACAGGGCGACGGUGAGAACGACGGUUUCGCUGCCAAUCUUGUUGCGCAAUCACGAAGGGUUCGACCAGAGUACGUACAGUACGCUCGUGUUGCGAAGAAGGUGGAUGUUCGACGACUCAAGGAGGAAAUGUGGAGAGGGUGCGGCUUUGACAAGGUCUUACAAACGCAAGCCCCUGCCCGUGCGCCCAUCCCGACCCUGGCCGCCGACGAGUCUGCGGAAUUACGUUUCACCGAUAUCAUGAACAACCUGCACCAUGUCUAUCCGCAACAGCAGCUCUCGGACAUUUCCACCUCGUACGGUUUCAUUUGCCUACUGCAUCUCGCCAACGAGAAAGGCCUUGUGAUCGAGAACGUCGACGGCUGGACCGAUUUACGAGUUCGGAAAGACCAUGAUGCGAUCAUCGCCGAGGGCGAUUUAUGAUGAUGACCUUCUACACGUUCUUUGGAUAGACAUUCGAUCCUUAAUUCAAAACGCUUACUAUUGCAUGAUUCCAC